AAUUUUUAAAUAAUAUAAGUAUGUACUCUAUGGUUGUGUCAGAAUGAAAUAGUUUCACUUGAUAAUUCUUAUUAUAAUUUUACAACAAUGCGGACAACUAUAUUAAAAUCUGUUUCAAGUCUUUCAAGGAAUUAUAAGAGACAAUAUGGUUGGAGACCUGUGGAACCUAUGGAUCCAGGCAUAAAGGUUACCAUUCUGCAUAAUGGUGUAAAGGUCGCCACGGAGAGGGUGGAAUCUCCACUCGCGUGCGUGACAUUGUCUGUGGCCGUGGGUUCCAGGUAUGAGACAAAGUGUACUAAUGGACUGACGCACUUUAUUGAGCAUAUGGCAUUUAAAGGGUUCCGAUCGAUGAGUAAGGACAAGUUCGAAAAAGAUGUUGCACAAAUGGGAGCAAAGAUGACAGUGCAGACCUCAAGGGAAAUGCAAGUAUUCUCAGUUGUGCUGCCGUCUGAGUUGUCGACUGCUGCUGUAGACAAAUUGUCCAAGAUCAUUUGUGACCUCGAGUUUAGCGACCAUGAGUUAUGCCAAGAGAAGCGUAACAUAUGUUUGGAGUUAAAUGAUAGUGAUGCUAAUCCAAAACAGCUGGUGUUCGACUAUCUACAUGCAACUGCCUUCCAGGGCACGCCGCUUGCGCAGCGCGUUAUAGGUACAUCUGAAAAUUUGGACAAUUUUGAUACGGUAAUGAUAGAUAACUUCAUGACUGACCAAUACCAACCUUACAGAAUUGUGUUAGCUACUUCAGGACGAGUAUCGCACGAUAAAAUAAUGCAGUAUGUAGAACCACGGUUCGGGUGUAUAAUACCACAGCCAUGCCGCGAGGCGGAGCCGGGUCCCACCCGUUAUUCUGGCUCUUCAGUAGUAUACCGCGACGAUUCUAUGCCUUUCUGUUAUGCAGCAAUUGCAUUCGAGGCACCAGGCUACUUUAGCCCUCAAUAUCUUAGUAUGCUGAUAUUGACACACAUAGUAGGUUCGUGGGACAAGAGCCAGAGCCGUGGCGAUAACCACGCGCCGCUAGUGGCGCGCGAGGUCUCACUUGCCAACAUGUGCGAAAGAUACGAGACGUUCUACAUCCCAUACCGAGACGUCGGCUUGUGGGGCGUCUAUUUUGUGGCUGACAAGUGGAGGCUGGACGAAGUGGUGUCGUUUAUUCAAGAACAAUGGUUGCAGUUGUGUACUACGUUAUAUUACACUGAACAUGAAAGAGGUUUGAAUGCGCUGCGGUUGAUGUUGUUGCGCCAACACGAGAGUGUCGUGAGUUCAGCACACGAUAUAGGUAAGCAGAUGCUUUACACAAGCGGCCGCAAGUCCGUGGAGCAUCAGCUAGAGAGCUUGUGUAAUAUCAAAUUGCAAGAUAUCCGGAACUUGGCAUCGCAAAUCUUGUACGACAAGUGCCCAGCAGUGGCCGUUGUGGGUCCCUCGGAGACGAUGCCCGUCUACAACAGAAUACGAGGUGGUCAAUGGUGGCUCAGAGUUUAACGUUUUUUAAUAAACCACUUUAUUUUAUUAUUAAUUUACUUUAUUAUACACAAUCUCAUUCA